AUGAAUUACCAAGGUGCCGACGGUCUUGAAUUUGGGGAUGGGAACAUUGUGAUCGACCCGCAAGUUCUCCAAGCUCUUCCGGAGCGAUGUUCCGUGCAGACGACAGAAGGUCAUGGCGUUAGUUUCUGGGCAAAUACUGGACGAAUCGAUGCUCAGAUGGAAGAUGGAAGUCUCCAAUCAUUCUUCAUCAAAGUAAUCUCGGGUGAGACUGGCAGAAACAUGGUUCGCAGCGAAUUCGAAUCUGCCAAGGCUAUGUAUGCCUUGCAACCACACCUGGUCCCGCGACCAAUCGCAUGGGGUACUUAUGAGAGUAUUCUCGAUACACAUUUCUUCCUUUCCGAGUAUCGGGACAUGGUGGAUGAAAUGCCUGAUCCGCACAAAUUUGGAGCCCACCUUGCCGCCUUACACCAGGACAGUCAAUCUCCGACCGGUAAAUUCGGUUUUCAUGUGACGACUUACAGUGGAAACCUUCCGCAAAUGACGGACUGGGAAGAGAGUUGGGAGACGUUUUUCACUAAAAAUCUCAAAUUGGCAUUGGAAUUGGAACUUAAGGCAAAGGGCCCUGAUCCUGAAUUUGACACGCUGCUCCCUGUAUUAUUUGAGACGGUGAUACCACGUCUUCUGCGACCUCUUGAGAGUGAUGGCAGAAAGGUGAAGCCAUCACUAGUCCAUGGGGACUUGUGGUACGCAAAUUCUGGCAUUGACAUUAGCACGGACGAUUGCUUGGUGUUUGAUGGUUGUUGCUUCUACGCGCACAAUGAAUAUGAGUUUGGCCAGUGGAUGCCCGCGUGCAACAGGUUUGGCGCUGAGUACUUGGCCGCAUAUAAUUCGCACGUUCAAAUCUCUCCACCCGAGGAAGAUUAUCAAGGUCGUUUAGAUCUUUACAAGCUUCGUUUCAAUACACAUGUAUCUGCGUUAUUCAAGGAUAAUCCCACCCUUAGAGACCAAAUGCUCGGCGACAUUAGAGACCUAGUCUCUCGGUAUGGCCCAUAA